CACGUUUAUUGUGUUAUUAGAGGCGCGAAGAGAACAGUGAAUUUGGAAAUUGAAAUGGCUCGUACAAAGCAGACUGCUCGUAAAUCGACUGGUGGCAAGGCCCCACGCAAACAACUGGCUACAAAGGCCGCACGUAAAAGUGCGCCAGCCACCGGAGGAGUAAAGAAGCCCCAUCGCUAUCGCCCCGGAACUGUGGCUCUCCGUGAGAUCCGUCGCUACCAGAAGAGUACUGAGCUGUUGAUCCGUAAACUGCCAUUCCAGCGGUUGGUGCGUGAAAUAGCUCAGGAUUUCAAGACAGAUUUGCGCUUCCAGAGCUCUGCUGUGAUGGCUUUGCAGGAAGCUAGCGAAGCCUAUCUGGUUGGUCUGUUUGAAGAUACCAAUUUGUGCGCCAUCCAUGCUAAGCGUGUUACUAUUAUGCCCAAAGACAUCCAGCUGGCCCGUCGUAUCCGUGGAGAGCGCGCUUAAAUUGAACAAUUGUCAAUUGGCAGCCCUUAAAUUUAAACUAAAAAAUCGGUCCUUUUCAGGACCACAAA